GGUGACGGUCAGGGCAACUAUAGAGUUCAUGUUGUGGGCAAUAGUGGUGCGUCCGUCUCAACCCUCAGCGCGUACAUUGCCACUAAACUCAAUGUGCCACAUAUCUCCCUAGAUGCACUUUUCUGGGGACCUGGGUGGGCAACCCCUUCAGAUGACGAGUUUAAGGAAAGAGUUUCUGCUGCGAUAACACAGAACUCCAAAGGAUGGGUCAUCGACGGCAAUGGCAGUUGCAGCGCCACGCUCAUCUCAGAACAUUCAACAGAUGUCAUUUGGCUCGACCCCCCUCUAUGGUUCUACUUGCCACGAAUAUUUUGGCGUACGCUUCUUCGCCUGUUGACCAUAAUUCCAACCUGCGCAGAAGGGUGCGACGAAACUUGGGGAGAUGUCCUAUCCACAAAUGGCAUCAUCUGGUUCUGCAUUUCCCACCAUGGAUAUUGCAAACACAAGUUCGGCGAAAUGCUCGCUCGUAGCUCGAUUACAAAAGGAGGAAAUAUGAGGCGCCUCAAUGAGUGGGACGGCGAUUUGAUGAUGUGGAAGGCUGGACUCGAGGAGAUGCUACGCACGCACUAA